ACUUUUCUUGCAAACAUUGCACAUCUUAACCACUCAAGAACCAACUCUUACAGAGCAUACUUCAACAUCUCCCGCAGAAUGAACCUGUUUAUCUGCAAGGUCGCACUCGCAUCUGGCGGGGUGGCAACUAACAUCCCCAUUCCUGGUGACAACUUCCCUGUCGUCAAGGAGCUCGCUACGUCUUUUCUGGAUGGCGGUCCUCCUGCUGUCUCUACGGAAAUCGAACUCGUCGCACUCUUUUUGGCAUACUGCAGCUCCCGUAAUCCCGAUGUGGCCGUUGUCGUGUUCCUUCACCUCCAUCAAGGAUUCUGUCCUGACGAGAACAUCCACGUUGUGGUCCAGCAGCUGAACCUGUCUGCUGAGCAAGCGCGCACCGUCCUGAAGGGAUACUAUUCGGUCUGGAACAUCCUUGAGGCGCGCCAGCUGCUGCCCGAAGUUCCUGUUCCCGCCAUCUUCUCGGAUGUGAACAUCAGGCUUGCUGUCAUGUUUGGUGGGCAGAGCGGAGCAGAAAGCUGCCUUGACGAAGCAGGGUGGCUUCUUGACGUUUAUGGCCCGCUGCUGUCAGAUUUUGUUACCCAUAUGUCUGACUUCCUCAAGCGCGAAUCCGCCAACCCCCUAAUGGCGAAAGUUCAUUCGCGCCCACUAGACAUUGGUAGCUGGCUUACUUCUCCCGAUGCAAUGCCUGAUGCCAGGUAUCUGGCAAUGUCACCAGUUGCAAUACCCAUACUAGGACUAACUCAAGCGAUGCAUGUGACUGUCUUGUAUAAGGCACUCCAUGUAAACCCAGGCGACCUUGUCUCACGCUUUAAUGCUGCAAUUGGACACAGCCAAGGUAUAUCCAUGGCUGCUGCCUUUGCUUCCGUGACUGACGAGGCAUCAUUCUAUGCCAUCACCGAGAAGAUUCUCGGUAUCCUUCUUGCGAUACCAGCGAUUUCACGGCUUGAUUUCAUUUCCAACGCAUCGCAGACAGACAUUUGUGGACCUCCCUUAUGCUCUGGUGAACUCUCCAUGCCCAUGGUCUCUGUUCGUGGCCUGGAUAAAGCAACGUUGGAGUCGUUCAUUACUGCGUUUAAUGCGGAUCGCACAGACGACACGUCAAGGGUCAAUUUGACCCUAGUCAAUGGCCCCUCAGACUUUGUCAUUUCUGGACACCCAGGCGCUAUUUCCCACUUUGAUUGUUUCAUCAGCAUGCACACAACCUUGCCAACAGUGGAUCAGUCGUGCAUCCAAUUUUCUCAGCGCAAGCCAGUUGCUGUCGUUAGUCCGCUUAGCAUAUCUGAACCGUACCACUGCGAUCUCCAACUAGAGAACGCGUUUAAGGUGUACGAGUUUGCAGCUGCUAAGGGGUGGAUCCUUCACGCUGACACUCUUCGCAUCCAAGUCAAUGGUGGAGAUGAUGGGCACGAUCUUCGCGACGAAGCUGAUCUCACUCGGUUCUUGAUUGACAGCAUGGUUAUGCACCGUGUCAACUGGCCGGCAGCCGUCAACAGCACUGAUACCGCGUUUAUCAUCGACUUCAGUCCAGGUGGCUUCAGCAUCUUUGGGAAAUACACCAGAGACAUUCUGGACGGCUACGGCAAAACCGUCAUCAGCAUAAGCUCGCUUAUUGCUAACACUAAGUCGCGCAUGGGGUCUAAGGCCGAUUUGUUCAAGCGGAAUAUAUCCGACGUCUUCUCGGCGCCCAACUGGCAGAGCGCUUUCGGUCCACGCCUUGUUCGAACCGCACAUGACGGCCAGCUUCAUAUUUGCACCCGCAUGUCGCUCGCUCUUGGACUCCCGCCUGUGAUGGUUGCAGGGAUGAUGCCGACUACGCCCAACGAGCACUUUGUCGCAGCUAUCAGCAAUGCUGGGUACUAUGUCGAGCUUGCCGGCGACGGGAUGUUUAAUGAGAAGCUGUUCUGCGAGAAGGUUGAGAACUUGGUCAAUCGCCUUGAACCUGGUAGAGGAUUCGCUUUUAGCGCCGUCUACAUGAACCAGAAGCAGUGGGUGUUCCAAUACCCAGGUAUCCUGCAUAUGCGUCGAGAGGGAGUACCGAUCACAGGGCUCCAUAUUAGUGGUGGUGUUCCCUCAGUUGCUGUCGCCAACGGGAUAAUUGCGAACUUGCGCAAUGCGGGCAUAAAGCAUGUUGCCUUCAAACCCGGGUCAGUGGCUACAAUUCUCCAGACACUCGCGAUCGCUGGGGCAAACCCUGACUUCCCAGUCAUUAUCCAGUGGACUGGCGGUCGCGGUGGUGGCCACCAUUCGUGUGAAGACUUCCACAAGCCAAUUCUGGAGACCUACAGCAAGAUCCGGUCACUGCCGAACACCAUCCUGGUCGUUGGGUCAGGGUUCGGCGAUGCCGACAGCAUUCUGCCAUAUCUCUCCGGCCAGUGGAGUGUCCAGUUUGGAUAUGCGCCUAUGCCUGUUGAUGGAGUAUUGUUAGCUUCAUGCGUCCUCACUGCAAAAGAGAGCGCCAUAUCCCUGGAAGCAAAGGAGCUCAUUGCGGCAGCUACUGGCGUUGAGGACAGCGAGUGGGAGUCGUCAUAUACUGGCAAUGCUGGCGGAGUGAUAUCAACGCUGUCCGAUUUUGGAGAAAAUGUCCAUCUUCUAGCUACUCGAGCUGCGCUGACUCUCAGAGAGUUGAACGACAUGAUAUUCUCAAAGCCCCUCGCUGACCAGCUGCCGACAAUCAUGGCAAACAAGGAUCAUAUCAUUAAGCGGCUCAAUAUUGACUGUGCGCGGCCAUGGUUUGGCAAGAAAUCCGACGGCCGGGUGGUUGAUCUGGAAGAGAUGACGUACCUGGAAGUACUCAAUCGACUCAUGGAGUUCAUGUACGUCGCAGAUAAGUCCAAAUGGUUGGAUGUGUCCUACUGCAGACUUUUUGGGGAAUUCAUUUCGAGGGUUGAGGACCGAGUGUCUGGGGCAGAAACCACCCGAGCAUUUAAGUCUGAUAUACAGCUUCAAAAUCCAUCCGGGAUCAUUAAUUGGCUGGUCAAAAACUACCCAGAGAUAAGCUGCGCUCUUAUUGCGCUUGAAGAUGUUCAGUAUCUGGUCUGGCUUUGCAAGCGUUCUGGGACCAAGCCAGUUCCAUUCGUUCCUAUCCUCGACGCCGACCUGCAUGUCUGGAUGACAAAGGACAUGUAUUCACAGGCUGAGGAUUUGGAUACAGUUGUUGACAGAGAUGUCCAGCGCACCGUUGUUGCCCUGGGUCCUGUGUCUGCAAAAUAUGUUACCACAGUCAACGAGCCAGUCAAGGAUAUACUCGACCGUGUUUACACCGGGCUAGCGGAGAAUCUUAGCAAGUGGGAUUUCGAUAAGGAUGCAUCUCUAGUCCGUCCUUGCGAGUACCUUGCACCAGAGCCUUUUCCAGUAUCGCUCCCUACCUCAGUUGCAGUGGCUGUUGAUGAAUCAAGCCGCAUAUACAAGCUUCCAACUGAUGCAGCACUGCUUCCGGAUCAUGAUGUAUGGCUAGAGGCCCUGGCUGGUCCUACUCAGAGCUGGCUUCGUGCACUUCUCACAUCGCCAGUUGUAGCUCGUAAGUCACUGUAUGCUGCAAAUCCAAUAAGGCAGGUUCUGCGACCGAUGGAAGGGCAAACAGCGGAAGUGGUCUUUGAUGACGAUAAGCCGGCCAAGCUCGAUAUCCACGGACCAACUGGGUUAUUGGACAUUUGUGUGCAGUUCGAUGGCGAGAAGAAUAUUCUGGUGAAUAUUUACCAUCGGAUUGGCGAAGAGCAGUUUGAGAUUCAGUUCCCCUACAUCUACACGCCAUCCAGACCUACAGCACUUGUUGCUGAAGACGUUGAGGGCCGGGACUUGUCAUACCGCAAUGCGUUCCUUGACAUCUAUGGAAUAGCAGCUGAGUCCGCCGACAUGGGCGGGAGUAGUCUAUAUCGACUCUUUUCGGAUAUUGAGCACAAGUCAUUCGCUGUAACGGAAGACUUUGUUCAGAGAUACUGCUCGAGUGUUCACAACUCAUCAAAAUAUUAUAAAAAAGCAGUUGGUGAGCAACAUCUGGCUCCAAUAGACAUUUUCCUCAGCGCCAUGGCCAAGCAAAUGGUUUCUAUUAUGACCACCCCUCCACUUCAUCAAGGACUUGUUAGAGUUCUCCAUCAAUACCAUAACGCCGAGUAUGUAUCAGGUGUGGCGCUACUGCGUGUAGGAGAUACCAUUGACUACCAAGUAGCACUUACUGCUCUUGAGAAUAUGGAUUCAGGUCUGAAAAUCACACUUACGACAAAGUUUCACCGUGAAGGAGCACUCAUUGCCACGUCUAAAGAUGUCCUCAUCUCGCCUAACCAGCAUGUGACAUACAGCCAGACGUUCCGAUCAGGUGAUGAACCUGUACGACGCAUGCUAAUUAUAUCUGAUGUGAUGCCAGCAGUUCUUGAAUCCAAUGAGUGGUUUACUUGCAAGGAAUCCCCUGAACCGUUCAAGAUCUUGCCUGGCGAUAUUCUGGAGUUCAAACUUCAUUCUCUGUACCAGUUCAGAUCCAAGAAUCUGUAUUCCAAGAUCAAAACAGCUGGACCUGUGUAUCGUUUACAAACCUAUGGGGAAUUCGAGCACAUCGCUGAUGUCUAUUACGAGGGAGAUGGUGUUUGUGGAAACCCUGUCCUACAAUAUCUAGACGAAAAUCAUUUAGAGAGUAUUGGUUUUGUGCCUAUUGAGCAUGGGGGAACGGCAUCAUGGCAAGCAGGAAAUUCUGGCAUCUUGUCUAUGAAUGCUCCAUCAGAGAACUGGGAGUUUGCGCAUGCUUCUGGCGAUCAGAACAUGCUGCAUACUAAUCCGUAUAUAGCUGCAUAUCUGGGAGAAUCGGAAAUGCUCUGCCAAGGUAUGUGGACAUCUGCUGCAACCCGUGCUAUUGUCGAACGAGUUGUUGCUGAUAACGACCCUCGGCGCAUGCGCUCAUACAGCGUCCAGUUUGUUGGAAAGGUCUAUCCAAACGACAAACUUCGGGUGGAGCUGGCUCACACGGGAAUGAACGACGGAUACAUGGUUAUCGAUGGCAAGACGGUAAACCAGAAUGGGGAAACAGUGCUGACGCUCACAGCUGAGGUUGCCCAGGCAAAGACUGCAUAUGUCUUUACUGGCCAGGGGUCACAGUUUGUUGGCAUGGGGAUGGAUCUAUACAUGUCAUCCACAGCUGCUAGAGAUGUGUGGGACCGAGCUGAUAGACACAUGUUGAAUAACUAUGGUGUCUCGCUACUGAAAAUAGUCCAGGAGAAUCCGAGAGAGUACUUGGUUAAACUCGGUGGCAAGAAAGGCACACCAAUUCGUACAAACUACCUCUCUUUGGUACGUGAAUUUGAUGGCAAGAUAGAGCAGCUGAUUCCGGAGAUCACUCAGUCAUCGAAAUCAUACACGCACCGGUGUUCAAAUGGCUUGCUCAAUGCGACACUGUUCACACAGCCGAUCCAGACGGUGAUGUCGCUAGCUCAGGCUGCAGACAUGCGUGCUCAUGGUCUUAUUCAGGACGAUGCUAUUUUCGCUGGCCAUUCGCUUGGUGAGUUUGGGUCACUCGCAGCAAUUGCUGAAAUUGUUUCUGUCGAAGAUGCGGUCGACAUUGCUCUCUAUCGCGGGCUUUUGCUCCAUACAUCAGUAGAUCGGGAUGCCAAUGGCUGCUCCCAGUAUGCGAUGGUAUCUGUUCACCCGCAGCUUGUUGGAAACAACUUCAGCGAGGCCAAUCUACUCCAAAUAGUUGACCGUAUUCGUGAACGAAAACAGCAGCUCCUUGAGGUUAUCAACUACAACGUUCGUGGACAGCAAUAUGUUGUCACAGGACAUGUGGAAAGCCUAUAUAUCAUGUGUAUGGCUGUAGAAGAGCUCUCGUUAAGCUUUCUGUCAUUAACAGAGUCGAGAGUGGAUGAUCUAAUAUCAAGCACUAUCGAUGAUAUACUGGCUUCCCAUCCUAAUGAACAGAUAUUGCAAAAUGGCCGAGCGACAACCGUAAUCCUUGGUGUUGAUGUUCCGUCGCAUUCAAGUCAGAUGGCUACAAGUAUUGAUACGUUCCGCAGUUUGCUUGACCAAAGGAUCCUACAUAUACAAAGGCUUCCCAUAUUACUCUGUGGGAGGUAUAUCCCCAACCUGACUGGGCAAACGUUUGCGAUUACAAAGAAAUACCUUGAAUAUGUCUAUACUCUCACCCGCUCACCAGUUAUUGAGGAUAUCCUUCAAGUCUGGAGCACAGGUGAUGAUUGUCCGUCAAAGGAAAUGGCAUCAGUUGCACGGACUCUUCUUAUUGAACUUUUAUCUUUCCAGUUUGCUUCGUCAGUAAAAUGGAUUGAGACCCAGGACGUGAUGUUCAAUAGGUGUUCUGUGAAGCGCCUGGUUGAGAUUGGUCCAAGCUCAACAUUGUGCCGUAUGACAACCCAAACUUUGGAGAGCGACAAUUGGUUGCGCAAAGAAACUGCUACUCUACAUGCACUCAAGGAUAAAGAUGAGGUGUACUACAUAGGUGCUCAAAGAGAUGGUGUACCUACUGAUCCAUUGCUGCUAAGGUCAGCUCAGAGUUCAAGCACUAAACCGAGCAUUCAAGAGAAACCAUUUGAGCCCCAAAUUCCUGCCGUGGAGAAACAGGUACCUUCGCUUCCUGUUCUGCCAGCUGUGGUCUCAUCUGUUGAUGAUGUGCCCAUUCCAAUUAUUGACAUACUGGUAACAGUUAUUUCACGAAAGCUCUCUAUGGCUGUUCCUGAAAUCAAUCCCAACAAGUCGAUUAAGGAACUUGUAGCUGGCAAGUCAAUGGUGCAAAAUGAACUAUUUGGUGAGUUCCAAAAGGAAUUUGGUAAGAAACUUCCUGAUCAUGCCGAGGAGCAGCCCAUAGAGGAGCUUGCCAAGAAGCUUGGAAGCACUACGGACUCCCUUGGCAAGCACUCUCAGUCACUUGUUGGCAAACUGCUGACUAGCAAAUUCCCAAGUGGGUUCACACUGUCAGCUGCUCGUUCUUAUUUGAUGGAUAAAUACGGGCUGGGUCCGCGCAGACAAGAUGCCUUGCUACUAUUGUCAGUUACUAUGGAGCCACCAAAUCGACUUGCUGAUGAUAAUGCAGCCCAUAUUUGGUUGGAGACAGCGGCCCAAAAGUAUGCCAGACAUGGAGGAAUACCAUUGACGGCUGCAACACAAACUGGAAAUAGCAGUGGCAACAUGACAAGUUCGGUUGUUAUCAACAGCGCUGAAUUUGACAAGGCUCAGAGGAACCAAAGAAAAUUAAUUCUGGAUCAGAUAGAGACGCUCGCGAGACAUGCAGGCCAUGAUAUGCGCCAAGGUGCCAGAUCAGCUAAUGAGCAGCAGUUGGAGAUUGCAGCUCUCAAGCUCAACAUUAAUGAAAUUAAACGAGAGGUUGGUGACAAGUUUAUCGAAAAAACCAGAAUGCAGUUUGAUGCAUACAAGGCUCGUCACUUUGACUCAUACUGGAACUGGGCCCGUCAGGACGUGUUUGAAUGGAUCUCUGGCAUUCUGAGCGGAGAGGACUCAAGCAUGGACCGUGCUACGUAUAUGAAACGUAUCCACAUGCUCAAGAACCGGUCCAAUCCUGGACUGCUUUCGAUGUUGCAGGCAUUUAUUGGGACUCUCAAAGCAGACUCUUGCCCAUCUGCCCAACGCGCACUGAAGCAAACGGAGAUUAUCUAUGCAGCGUGUAGGGAGUCAGAAAACGUGGCACCUGUCUAUAAAGAGCUUUCGACCCCAAUGCGACCACAUACUGAGGUUACUCAUAAAGGUGAUAUCGUCAGUUCCGAGAUUCCUAGGGAAGGCGAGAAAUCGAUAUGUGACUACAUUAAGAGUAUGAAAAACACCAACCAGGAUGGAUUGCCUUUGCUACAUAUGCAUGAAAAGCAUGCUGGAAACACUUGGUCAUAUGACAAGGAGUUGACUGAUGAAUACUUCAGUUCGAUGGAGGACGCGGCGGUAAACGGUAUAUCGUUUGAAGGCAAAUGUGCACUGGUUACCGGGUGUGGAAAGGGAUCCAUUGGCUCAGGUUUGAUCGAAGGCUUGCUAUCUGGUGGAGCAAAGGUUAUUGCCACAACAUCCAAUUAUUCCCUGUCGUCAAUCCGAUUCUUCGAAGAGAUGUACCGGAAGUUUGGUUCUCGCGGAUCUGAACUGAUUCUUGUCCCCUUCAACCAGGCAUCAUCAUGUGAUGUAGAGGCCCUCAUCCAGUAUAUCUACAAUAAAGAUGGCCUUGGAUGGGAUCUGGACUACAUUGCCCCAUUUGCUGCUUUCCCAGAACAUGGCAAAGAUGCAGCAAGUGUAGACUCCUAUUCUGAGCUAACAAUCCGUAUCCUUCUGACUAAUCUGUUCCGGAUAAUAGGACAGGUUAAAGCAGCUAAGAUAAGGACUGGAAACAUCCUUCAGCCAUCGUUACUUAUUUUACCACACUCGUACAACCGUGGAAUGGUAGGCUAUGAUGGGAUGUAUGGUGAAACAAAGGCAGCCUUGCAUACACUGUAUAACCGUUGGCAUUCCGAAUCAUGGUCAGACUAUAUCUCCAUAACAGGGGGUGAUAUCGGAUGGACUCGUAGCACAAACAUGACAUUUGGAAGUGCAAAUGUGUAUGCAACCAUAGAGGAAAUUGACAUGCGUACGUUCUCUCGCGAGGAAAUGUCUUUCAACAUACUUUGCCUGCUAUCACAAAGAAUGGAAGAGGCAGCGCACAGCAACCCUGUGUUUGGCAACUUCAAUGGCAUGCGCAAGGUAAACGAAGGCUUUGGGAAAGAUUUGGAGAAAAGUCGCUCUGAACUUAAAAGCGCUACCAACGAAAGAAAGGCAAUAAGUGCAGCCUAUUGCCUAAAACACAUAGCGGAGAAUACGGAGGCCAUAUUACAAGUGGAACAGGGAAACAAGACGAUGCCCCGAGCCCAGCACAGAAUCGACGCACCACUUGUAAAGUCAUAUGAACAGCUCGAACACCUAAGAUGUCUGGAGGGCAUGCUUGACUUGGAUAAAGUUGUCGUUGUGACAGGGUUUGGUGAAGUUGGAGGAUUUGGGAAUGCAGCCUUGCGCUGGGAACAGGAGGCGCAUGGUGUGUUUUCAGUGGAAGGCUGCAUUGAGCUGGCAUGGAUGAUGGGGCUGAUCAAGAGGUUCUCAGGCGAUCAUCCUGACACUGGAAGCUAUUACAUUGGUUGGGUUGACGCAAAAACUCAGGAGCCAGUGCAUGACAUGAACAUCAAGGCAAAAUACGAGCCAUAUAUCUUGGAACAUACCGGUAUUCGUGCUGUUGAGCCAGAAGUUUGGGGGGAGGAUGCGGUGAAUAUGAAGUCCUUCAUCCGCGAGCUUCAAAUCGAUCAGGACAUGCCUCCAUUUGAGACCAGUGCAGAGGAGGCUGUUCAUUUCAAACAGGCCAAUAGGGACAAAGUUGACAUAUGGGAGAACCCUGAUGGAACAUGGUCUGUUAGAUUCCUCAAAGGCGCAAUAAUCCAUGUGCCAAAGGCGGUUACUUUUAACGGUGCCCUUUUAUCUCAAUUGCCCACCGGAUGGGAUCCAGUUCGGCUAGGAAUACCCAAGGGCCUUGCACAGGGUAUGGAUGAGUUGAACUGCUACACACUCAUUGCUGCGAUGGAAGCGCUUCUCAAAUCUGGCAUUACGGAUCCAUAUGAGCUGUACCAGUACUUCCAUGUUUCAAAGGUUGGUCACUCAGUUGGAUCUUGUUUAGGUGGAGCACAAAGUAAUAAAGACUUAGUGCACGGCAGGUAUAUGGACAAGAAUGUGCACCCGGGCAAGUUGAUCGAGUGCUCUGUCAAUAAUAUGAGUGCAUGGCUCAAUACACUUCUGUUCUCGGCAUCUGGCCCAUUAAAGCCGACUGUUGGCGCAUGUGCUACUUCAGCCAUCGCACUAGACCUUGCCGCGGAAUCUAUUAUCCAAGGAAAAGCGGAUGUCAUGAUCGCUGGUGCAGGCGAGGGGUAUACCAGUGAUAUGUCAUAUGAGUUGAGUUUGAUCAAUGGCAUCGUGAAUCCUACGGAUGAGCGCAUCAAAGGAAGAAAUCCUAAGGAGUGCUCACGGCCCUGCACAUCUACCAGAAGUGGGUUUGCUGAGAGCUAUGGCUCAGGGAUGGCCGUUCUAAUGUCAGCCUCUGCAGCUCUCAAAUAUGGUGCGCCAAUCUAUGGAAUUUUGGCAAUGACUGCCACUGCCACCGACAAGUCAACACGUAACUCGGGUGCCCCAGGCCAAGGAAUACUGUCGAUUGGAAAGGAGAGUCCUACCCUGUCAGACUUGCAACUGCUUGAUAUCCAUUAUAGGAGGCAGAUGCGUGACGCACAGCUGGCUGCACUAGAUCGUAUCAGUAAUGCCAGCGUGGCGAACAAGAUGAAAAAGGCAGUUAAGACAACAUGGGGCAACGACUUUUACAAAAUGGGUGAGUCUAUCUCGCCCCUUCGUGCUGCACUAGCGACGUGGGGUCUAGAUGCAGAUGAUAUUGGGCUGGCGUCAUUCCAUGGAACAUCCACCAAGCUGAACGAUAAGAAUGAGUCCAACAUUGUGAACAUACUCAUGAAGCAAAUUGGACGCACGCCUGGUCUUCCAGUCCCUGUUGUUUGCCAGAAAUGGAUUUUAGGCCAUAUGAAAGCAUCCUCUGCGAGUUGCUCCAUGCAUGGUAUUCUUCAGUCAAUGACGACGGGGCUGAUUCCAGGAAAUAGGAAUGCUGACAAUAUUGAUAAAGAUUUUGAGCGGUUUGAGCAUCUCGUCUAUCCGAGUAAGACUAUCCAUGUGCCGACUAUCAAGGCCGCGCUGUUCACAUCGUUUGGAUUCAGCCAGUCCAAUGGAGCAGGACUUAUCGUUCAUCCGGACUACCUAUUUGCCGCACUUUCAAAGGAGGAGCUGGACGAGUACACAACUAAAGUCGAAGAGCGUAUGAAGAAGUCAACUCGCUACCUGCAGGGUGCACUCCUUGGAAAUCACACGUAUUUCCAGGCAAAGGAAGCAGCCCCAUUCUCACAGGAACAAGAAGCUAAGGUGUUCUUAGAUUCAAAUGCAAGGGCCAAGUUGGACUCCAGAACCAACCAGUACACAUUCUGAACAGAUCCAAUACUUUUUCAACUGCAAUCAUCUUUAAAUAUCAGAACUGAAAUUCAAUAAAAACAUAAAACAUAGAUUUAGGACGUCCAUUAACUACUUGCAAGUGUUAGAAUCCCAGGAUCCGAUUACUGCGAACUACAUAGUUUUCAUCCUGUUGUCCUUUUCUUUCUUUUUCUUUCUUUUUCUUGUUGGCUGUGCCGCCUGAGCGAUGGUAUAAAACCUUUGCGCUCGCCUCUCUCUUCCUAUUUCUCUUUAGCUUUUCUUU